UGCAGUCGGUUUGUCAUUGUCAUCACAACAACGUCUAAAAAGUUUAAGGGAAAUUAUUUAGUGUUGGUAUCUAUAUCAAAAGUUGUUUAAACAUAAAUUUUUUUUAUAGAAAAGCUAUUUUCUUUCUAAAUUGCUAGAAAAUGUCCAACGAAAACCAACAUUUAACAUACAUCACAAAUGUACUUAUUAAAGAAAUUGAGAAGAAAUUGCUGCCCGAUAAACUUUUGGACUUCAAAAUCGAGCAUUCCACUGGUUUAGAUGGAUUUAUGUCAGCGUUAUAUACAAUAAAUUUAAAAAUUAUUGAUGAUAACACCAAAAAAGAACGGUCCCAAAACCUCAUUGCUAAAUUUAUGAAAGGUGAUGAACAUUUUAGAGUAUCAAGUAGAUGUUAUAUUCAGUUUGCAAAUGAGAUAUUGAUUUAUUCGCAAGUUAUACCUUAUUAUGAAGAAGUACUUUCGAAAGCGAAUGUUGAAACUAUUAAAGCUGAACAUUGGAUUCCAAAGGUUUACGUAGCGCAAUAUGGGACCAUAAAAGGACUCAGUGAUAAUGGAACAACUUCAAGUGAGAGUAUUUUAGUUUUAGAGCAUUUGAAAGAAAAAGGUUAUCGAAUGGGACCCCGAUUGUAUUUAGAUAAACCUCACAUGUUAGCAAUGUUUAAACCACUUGCAGAAUACCAUGCAAUGACUUAUGCUCUAAGAAUUAAAAAAGAUGCAAAAUUGAAAGAAUUAAUUAAAAGCGUCGUCCCAUUGCCAUUUGUUGAAACUGCUGAUUCAGUUAACAAUUUUUAUGACCCAAUAUAUAGAGUAGCUUUUGAUCGAUUUUUUAAUUACUUUGAGCGUUGCAAAUUAAGUAUUAUUUCACCUGAGAACUCGGAUGAUGUAAAAUUGGAAGAAAACAUCAACAGGUUAAUCAAGAAUUAUAAAAAAGCUCCAACAAAAUUAUUGGAAUUAAUAAGAACUAUUCGUGAUGAAGAUGAUAAGAAAUAUGCUGCAAUAUUACAUGGCGAUUUCAAUCGAAAUAAUGUCAUGUUUCAAUAUAAAGAGGGUGAUGAUAAUCCCCUGGACUGCAAACUGAUCGAUUUUCAGGAACUUCGCUACGGGACACCCGCUAUUGAUUUGAGUUUUGCUAUGUUUAUGAAUAUGGAGCCGUCAAUUCGCAAUGAAUUCUGGAUGGAACUACUGGUGGCUUACCAUAAAACACUUUAUAAUACAAUGUCAGCAGUUUUAAAACCCAGUGAUGAAGAAACUCGAAAAAGCUUAGAAUCAUACUCGUUUGAUAACUUUUACAAACACUUUUCAAAGUAUGCAUUUUAUGGUGUUAUGAUUUGUAUGCAUUUUCUACCAUGGCUUUGCGGAACUGAAGAAGAACUGAAUAUACUUUCACAAGAGUUUGAACGUGAUGUACAUGGUGAAAAAUUUUAUAAAUAUUCUUUUUCGGCUGGUGGCGAUGAAGCCAACAAGAGAAUAUUUGAACUAUUUAAGCACGCCAGUAAAAAUGGAUACAUGAAUAUUAUAUAAAUAAACAAAUACAUUGUUAUAAUUUUUCAUGCGAUGUUAUUUUAUAAAUAAUGUCAAUAUAAAUAAAUUUAUUUUUAAACUCA